AUGAACCCUGAUGGAUCUGUUACCACACAUUUCGAAACCACUCCACUUAUGUCAACUUAUCUCGUUGCAUUUCACGUAUCCGAUUUCCUGAAUGUAACGAGCACACCACCUCGAUCAGUACCACAGCGCAUAUUUUCACGGUCGACAGCAAUCAAUGCAACGGCAUUACCGUUAGAAGCUGGCGAGCUGUUGAUUGAUGCAUUAACCGAUUAUAUUGGUAUUGAGUACUCGCUGCCGAAAAUGGAUCAUGUGGCCGUUCCGAGGUGGUACACGUAUCUAUGGAUGAAGGAAGGGUUCGCUACUUUUUUUGAAUAUUUGGGCGUUGAUUUGGUACAUCCAGACUGGCAAAUGAUGGACUAUUUUGUGGUUGAGGUGGCCCAAUUAAUGUUCUUUGCUGACGCAACUACAAAUACUCGGCCUAUGACGUACUACGUUGAACGUCCGUAUGAUAUCGACGAACAUUUUAAUAGAGUAGCGUACAGCAAAGGUGCAGCAGUAUUGAGAAUGUUUUGGUUUAUGUUUGGAGAGGAGACUUUCAUGAGAGCGGUGCGUUCGUACCUGGAAGACAAUGCGUACUCCAACGCAGCGAAGAAGAACUCUUUGACGCACUAG